GGAAAUUUACGGAGACCAACCCGGAAGAGACCGGAAGAAGGGACGGAGAUGUUCCGUUCUUCCUACGGUAGCCUGAAGGAGUGGCGAAGCCGGCCCAAGAGAAUUUAUCAUUUCUAGGGCUCAAGUUCGUGAUGUCUUUCAAGAGGGAAGGCGAUGAUUGGAGUCAGCUCAAUGUACUCAAAAAACGAAGGGUUGGGGACCUGCUGGCCAGUUACAUCCCGGAGGAUGAGGCUCUGAUGCUACGGGAUGGACGCUUUGCUUGUGCCAUCUGCCCCCAUCGACCUGUAUUGGACACACUGGCCAUGCUGACUGCCCAUCGUUCAGGAAAGAAGCAUCUGUCUAGCCUGCAGCUUUUCUAUGGCAAGAAGCAGCCAGGAAAAGGAAGAGAGCAAAAUCCAAGACAACAGAAUGAAUUGAGGAGGGAAGAGACCAAAGCUGAGGCUCCUCUGUUAACUCAGACUCGACUUAUCACCCAGAAUGCUCUGCAUAGAGCUCCCCACUAUAACAGUUGCUGCCGUCGGAAGUACAGAUCAGAAGCCUCUGGUCCUUCUGUCUCCUGUUCCCCUUUGCCAACCCCAGAGGUCCAGCUCCAAAGUAAGAAGAUCAAUAGGGAACCUGAGCCAGAGGCUGGCCCACAGGCCAAGGAGAAAGCGACUGUCUCAACCCCUGCACCUAUGAGCCCCACAAGAAGACGAGCCCUGGACCAUUACCUCACACUCCGAAGCUCUGGAUGGAUCCCAGAUGGACGAGGUCGAUGGAUAAAAGAUGAAAAUGUUGAGUUUGACUCUGAUGAGGAGGAACCCCCUGACCUCCCUGUAGACUGAAACCAUCUUUCCCCAUUCAUUUACAAAUAAACUACAGUGGGCACUGGGAGCCUGACUUUC